AUGGCGGAAAACGGGGUCCAUGAAAUUGCGGAUCAGUUAGAAACCCCCACAGCACAAUCUCCGGCUGCAAUCCAAGUCCCUGUUUCCCAGGAUGGCGCGACUGGUUCAACUGGGUCUGAUCUCACCGAUAUCGAUGAAUCACUCAUGCAAGAUGAUGCCCCUGUGUCUCAAUCGGUUCCAACCGCAAGUCACUUCAUAGAUCCUGCUGCUCCCCGGGUGAGCUACCAAGUUUCCGCAUCUGGCGAACUCAUGAUUAUGGAGGAGCCCCGAACUCCCCAUUCAAAAGGCUAUCCCUUCCUGGAACUACCUGCAAAGUCGGCAUCCUCACCCAUCACCACAAAAGUUCGAGCUCCGUCCCUGGCCGUAGAGCGUAUCAUGGGCCCAAAGCAGCCAAUUCCGGCCCGGAUCCUUGAGCUUCUUGAGGAGUGGCAUGAGGAAUUCCCUCAUACAGACCAUCCUUCGGCUUUGACUGGCCGUGCGCCUUCCACUUGGAAUAAUUUCAAGGCUUUCAGCGAUGAUGGCGAUGAGUGCGAGUUAUCUAUCUUUCAGAUAUCGGUCAAAGUUCCAGCCCGACGCGCAGUCACAUAUCGAAUUAUGAUACUGCACUCCCAGAAUGGGCCCGAGGAACUUAUCGUUUAUGGACAGCCCCGGCCAAAGUUCAAGGCACCUUUGACCAAGGGUACGAAGGGACUGUACCUGCUGGACUGGCUCGAAACCGAGAAGAAAGGUGAAGUUCAGGCUUGCGGUUUGAAACUGUGGAGAACCGAUGACAAGAAAAUCACGUUCAGUCCACGCAUGUUUGAUGAUGGACGGAAAUGCACUCGGCUCCCAGGGGUCAAUGAUUAUUUCAACAUGCGUCGGCCAACCACUACGCCAAAGAAGCAGUCCAAUGCCAAUGACGACAACGAGGAUAUCGCGUCCAACUCAUCCGGAUCGUCGCUUUCUGCCUUCUUGAGGUCUAAGCGCCAAGCUUGCGCCGCCGGUUAUUACGAAGCAGAGAACGAUGGUGGAAACAAACCCCCAAUGACACCCCUGUUGUGGGGCAGGACCACCACGCCCAUGCCAAACGAAAGUCGCGCUCACGUGCGUGUCCUUGGGAGUCCUUUUAAUUCUCAAAAGAGGCGCCGCAGCACACUGAGCUCUGACGAUGAUGUCUCCGUCCCUAUUCGCUACAAGUUGAUGUUGGAUAUGUCUCCGCAGGUCCGCAUUUUUAAGACCCAUGAUGCAAACGUUCUAUUCCAAAGGGCUCAGGAGUUUUACAAAGACAUUGACAAUCGCACGGGACUGCUGUGCACUUCUUCUCGUAUUGAGGGAGUCCGAUAUGUCGGGGAGGGCUGCGUGGAUGAGUUGGAUAUCCUUCAGGAGGAUGUUCGGAAAUUUUACCGUCCUGGUGAUAAAGAUCCCGUUGUCGAGGUGAAGCCCGCAGUGGGUUUCUAG